UUUUGGAAUAUUAUAUUAUAAAUAUAAAGUGAUUAUAAAAACUUGUAAAUAUUCUUUGUGAUAUCAAGGAUAUAAGUAUAAGGUUCAUUCACAGAUUGAAUACCGAUUUUCAUACUUUCUCUGACUAGUAAGAGAGAUAAAUAGCAUACAAAUUAUGUAAGGAAUGUUAGUGCGAAAAUGUGAUUAUUAAAGAAAAAGAAGUGUUUUGUCAAAUUUUGAUUUAUCAAACUGAUAUUCUGAAGUAAAUUAGAAGGACCAAUCAUUUUCUUUCCAAGAGAUCGAAUAAAAAUGUAGAGAAACCUUAGAGAAACGAAAAAACUAACUUUCAACAAUAAGGCAACUUAGCUUCAUAAUACUAUUAAUUGAAAUUUUGUGAUUUGGCUCCAUCAUUGGAAAAGUGAAAAUGACUUGAUAGAGCAAAUUAUUUUUACACUAAAAAUGCUGUGUAUUACAAAAUACAUAUGAAUAUUGUUUUACAACCCUAAAAAAAUAUAUGAGCAAAAAAAUUAAUGGCGGACCAGAAGACGUAAUGUAGAUGAUCAAAGACAAAUGUAUCGUUUAUUACUUUAUUUAUACUGCUCAAAAAACAUGGAUUUUUAUAGAAACAUAUUUUGUUUAUAAUGACCGCUCUGUCCAUGAAAGAAAUAGAGCAUGGGUCAAAUUUGGAAUGGAUUUUAAAAUUUAGCAAUACAAAUAAAGACACAUUAUUAUUAAAUAAAAAUAAAUUGGUAGUAGCAGAUCAAAAUAAUGUCUUACCAUCAAAGAAAUCCAUCAAAUAACAUACAGUUACUACGGCCUGUUGAGUCAAAUUCGCAGCACACGUCAAGACCACCUUCAGGGUCUAUGGCAUCAUCUGACCAUGGACACAACAAUUCUCAGAUGUUUGUUCCGUUUGCGAUUGACUCAUCGAGGGGCCCGGAGUUUAGAUAUGUUCAUCAAGGAACGUAUACACCAUCUUCUUACCGCGAUAUCCAAUACAUUUCACCACAGCAGGUAUCUCAAAUCGAAAUUCAUCGAUCAGGACCCCUAGUAUCAGUGCCAAACUCGUUGUCCGUGUCUUAUAGAUCGAGCACAGAUACGAUGUCAUCAAGGCCUAGAAUGUCUUUGCUUCAUGGAAAUGAAUUUGUUCAGUAUAGAACGCAUCAUUUACCACACUUGGCAUCUACGGACAACCUAUCUCAGACGGGAUUGAGAAUAGAGACUAGGGAUUUGUCUUCAUCAAUUUCAAGUGGGGCUUAUCAUCCUAUGGUUGAAGCGAUAUCUCCCACUGGUGAAGAGAGUAAUGCUGAAGAGCUUGGUAAUGCUAAAAAUGAACUUAUUACUCAUAUGAACAAACUCGAUAGUGAGAUAAGUGAAACUGAAAAAACUAUAUCCAUGUUAAAGAAAAAAAAGGCUAUGCUCGAAGAAACCGCUUCAUACAAACUUGAAAGCAGUAAUGUCGAAACCAACGAGCUUCAACCCAAGCAUAGAAGCUUAGCACAAAAGAUAUAUGCAGAGAAUAGAAAGAAAGCCCUGGCAGCACAUGCUAUUUUGAGUUCGUUAGGGGCUUCAACUGAUUACCCCAUGUAUAAUCAACCGAGAGAUGCACAAAUUUGCCAAACAAUUAUUGAGAAGCAUAAAUCUUUUAAAGAAAAGCUCAUUCAACAUUUGCGUGCUAAGAAGCUUCAAAAUGCUAGGGAUCAACAAGAAACGGCAGAAAAGUAUUCUUUGUUAUCACAAGAAUGGAAUAAAAAGGUAGAAAAACUUGAAUCUACCAUAAAACGGAAGACCAAAGAAGCAAAAAAUCGAGAAUUUUUUGAAAAAGUUUUCCCCGAAUUAAGAAAACAGAGGGAAGACAAAGAACGUUUUAAUCGUGUUGGUUCCAGAAUAAAAAGUGAAGCUGAUGUAGAAGAAAUAAUUGAUGGUCUACAGGAACAGGCUAUGGAAGAUAAGAAAAUGAGAUCUUAUGCUGUUAUUCCUCCUCUUAUGCUCAAUAGUGAUAAGAAACGUUGUUUUUUCAAAAACGAAAAUGGAGCAUUGGUUGAUAUGGAAGCAGAAUUUAAGGAACGCCAAAAUAUCAAUGUUUGGACAAAUGGCGAAAAAGAAACUUUUCGAGAAAAAUUUUUGCAACAUCCAAAAAAUUUUGGUGCAAUAGCAGCUAGUUUAGAUAGAAAAAAUGCUCAAGACUGUGUACGGUAUUACUAUUUAAGUAAAAAAACUGAAAAUUACAAACAGUUGUUAAGGAAAUCUAGACAAAGGACUAGAAGCUCGAAAAAUCCUCAGAAAUCAAAUCAUACCUUAACACCAUCUAUAAUAGAUGCUAUGACGACUGGUGUUUUGACUCGGCUACAAAGAGAGCAACAACAAAAAACUGGAACGAGAGAUAGGACUUCCUCAACUAUCAGAACUGUUAAUUUAUGCUCUAAUGUCUCUGGGUCAUCUAGCAUAAAUGAAAACGUGAAUAAUACAAAUUUUGAAGGUGGUUGUGAAGUGAUAGAUUCUGUUAAUACAUCAAAGGGAAGUGAAAUAUUUCCAAUUGUGACAGAUAGAGAUAAUGAAGGGGCAUCCCCUAAUUCACCUUCUCCUAAAAAUGAAGUAGUGAAAUCCACUGUGAUAAGUUCAACCAUUUCUAAUAACAGCGAAAAGAACGAAAAUGUUAGUGAUUCUUCGGAAAUAAAAACUAAGGAAAAUUGGAAAACUGAAGAUGUCGAUACGGGAUCAAUUGAAGACCGAGAAGCACUAAAAAAAGAAAUUAAUUUAUCAGCAAAACUGGUUGAUUAUGGAAAUAUUAAACGUAGAAGACUGGAAACCGAAACAUCAGAUUCUGAAACAUCAGGACUAGUAAAAGAAAAUAUAUCGACACAUCCCUGUUUUAUUUGUAAAGCCGAAACUUGUCUUCGAACAAAGCCAAUAGAAAAGGGAUCAAUUUACGGACUAAAUGAUGAUGAAAUUCCGGAAAAUGCUAGAGUUUGCCAACCAUGUCAAUCAAAAUCGGUUAAGUCUAGGUAUACUACAUGUCCACUGCCAACUUGCGCUAAUCCAAAAGAUCGUUUAAAACACUUCCGUAACAUACCUUCAAAAUUGUUCGAACUACCAUCGGAGUCAAAGAAUGCAAUUAUAGAAGAAUUCCAGAUUGCACCGGAUAUCAAUAAGUGUUGUUCAGUUUGCUUGAUGAAAAUACGAAGAAAAAUUAAUUAUUUUAUUCAUAUGGUUCCAUUAAAUGAAGAUCAAGUUUCAAAAUUGAAAGCGUUUCUUAAGGAAAAUGGACCUAAAUGGAUGCAGAUUAGUGAGCAAUUGUGCAAGCCAACAAUUGCUAUCAAGUCAUUUUUUCAAAUUAAUAAAACAAACCAUGGGCUCGACAAUGCUUUGAAAGAAUAUUAUGAAAAACAUCCUAAUGAAAACAAGCAUUUGGAUUUGUCUGAUGGCGAAGAAUCAGAUAUGAGUGCAUCAUCUUCAGAUGAAAGAGAUAUUAACAGCGAUACAGCUUCUGCAGAAAGUCCGGGAAAUCAAAACAAUAAAGAAAAUACAAAUUUGUCAACACAAGAUUUAAUGAAAAUAGAGAAAGAUAACAGAUUAAUUCCACCUUUGAAUCAACCUCCAAAAAGACAAAAAACGCAAGAAGAAUAUGAUAGCUCUGCCACAGAAACAGCUGAUGAGGAAAACGAAUCAUCUCCAGCUAAUCGUCAGAGUCCAAAAGUUAUCAAUCAUCCAUUUUCGGCUCUACCUAAUGGCCCAAGGAUUGAGUUCAUCAUAGGAAAUGUUAUAGAAAAGGCAAUCAAAGAUCAGUCUAUUGGACUGCCUCCUCCUGCACCAGAGAGCAAGUCUGAAAUAACAUUUGUAAAAGAAUUUAGAAAUGAUACACCACGAUCUCGAAAUCAGAAGUGCGACAAUAUGCCGACCAUAUCCAUAGUUAAUUUACCUGAAAAGUCUCCACAGUUAAAUCAAGUUCAAAAAAACAGUUUUAUAUCAACCACAAUAACUCCAAUAAAUCAAAAGGGUUUUUUUUCUAAUACAAGUAUGAAAAUUGAUACAGAGCCACAAACAUUAGAUUUGAGUGUUAAAAGACCAGUUAGAGAUCAUUUUGCAACACCAGGACAAAUGAAUUCUCAGAGUGGAAUUACAAUAUACAGAAAUGAUACAUCCUCUGGCUCAUUGUCAGGAUCUCAGUCGUUGCCUACACAAAAUCAAAAUUUUACUCCUUUUUUGCAUGAUGUAGGUCGUUCGAGUAAAUCACCAUCAGGUUUUCAACCUCUUCCUGUGCCUCUUUCACCUACACAGCAGCACAAUCUUUGCUCUGUUAAAUCCAUUCCCCACCCUCUAUCCCAAACUCCGCCACCUUUAAAAAAUAAAAUUUCUCAAAAGCUGAGUCCAAAAUCGACACACAAUCAGCAACAUUUGAAUAUCAAAGGUUCAAUAACACACGGAACGCCAGUCAGCUCUAGCGCUGUAAUGAUUUCAUCAGUAAGCUCACCAAGCUCUCGAUAUGAUAGUAUUUUUCGUCAAACGCCUCCCGGAGAAAAGUCUGGUUCAAUUACACAAGGAACACCAGUUCCAAUGGGUCACUCGCAAUUUUCCGAUAAAAGAUUAUAUGAUUAUUACAAGAAUAAUCGUCAAAGUCCUGCUUCAAACAUUUCAUCACAAUCAGGAAGUCCGCAAUCAGGAAACUUUGGCAACUUAUAUAAUCGUUCUACCACAUAUAUUGAUCAUCCACAAUUGAGUUCAAAACAAAUUCUGCUAAAUGAUUACAUAACUUCACAACAAAUGAUUGGUCGUGGAAGUAGAUCUGAUAAAGAAGUUUCUAGAGGAUGCCAUAGUAUUUCUACAUCCCCAGCUACUAUCUUUUAUAGUGAAAAAGACAGAAAUCGUCCAGACUAUAUGAAAACUCCUCCAACGGAUCGAAAUAGUGUAUUGAGCCCUCAUCGUACGUCACCAACUCAAAGGCAGGAGACUACGGAGAAUAUGCGAAGAAGUCACCCAAUUAAAGUAAUCCAGCGUCACAAUACAUCAAUGGCCAAACCUCCUAGUCCAGUUUCAUCUCGAAUGCAUUAUCCUCAAUCUUCUUUUCCUCCUGGACAUGAAGCCUUUUCUUCAUUAGUAGAUGUUGCCUCAAAGCAACCUUAUGUACCUACUAAGGAUGACAAACGAACGAAUGUUCCUUUGAUUUCCAUUGAUCAACCAGGAGAGGAUUUGCGUUAUCAAAUGGUUAUUCAAACAGCCAUGCAAAGACAUCAUAUGCAACAGCAAAUUCAAAUGCAACAGCAAAGUACUCAACAGCAGCAACAUCAUCAGCAAAGAAUUCAUCAGCAACAAAAAAACAAGUAUUUUCCUGAUAUUGAAAAAGACAGACGCGAAGAUGAGAAUGCUCGAGAAAGAGAACGCGUUCAACAGCACAUAGAGAGAGAAAAGGACCGUGAAAGAAUGCACUUGGUUGAUAUGGAACGCAAUAUGUUAAUAGAAAAAGAAUAUGAAAGACAGCGCUUGAAGGCUGAAGAAAAUGAACGCAUUAAAUAUGUCAGACCAAAUGACACUGAGAGACCUUUCAGGCCACAAAUCUCAAGCAGAGGUGAUACAACUUUUACUGCAGCAAACCUGAUAAAUGCUAUCGUAACCCAUCAAAUCAGUCAAAAUAUGAGUAAUGUAGAUCAACCAUUGUCUAGAGACACUAAUCGUAAUUCCCAGAUACCUGCUGGACGAGGUACAUCCCCAAUUGAUAAUAAUGGGAAAAGAGGCUCUCCCAACGUUAUAAACAUUGACGUUGAUCCUAGCAAUACACAGCACAUUAGCAACCAAGUAACUAAAAUCAAACUUGGUGAUUUGGCGGAGUCAAUAAUCACAAAAGAUUACAGUCCAUCUCCACUUCAUCCAAUUCGUCCAAACUUUUCACAGGAAUUCCAACCAGGUCUUUUUUCUGAACAGUGGAAACAGAGCAAACGUGUAAGUAUUCAAAAAGAUGAAGUGCAACAUCCUAAUGCAGACGAAAUGGGUAAUUUAUCGGAAGAAAGACAAAUUGUCAAAAUGUCUCAAACACCAAGUCCAAGACAAAGACAUAAUUUUCAUGAGCCAGUAUCACCACCUGAUUCGCAAACAUAUGCAGUUGACAAAAGAGUUCCUAUGCAUCCUCCCUCAUCACAAGAAUUUGCCUUAGAUUGUUAUGUAAAAUCUCGCAUCGCUGAAGCAAUGAGAACUGAAGGAGACAAAAGAAUGGAUGAUCGUAAUCAAAAAAUACAUACACAAGAUCCAGAGUCACAAAACAUAGUUUCUGGAACACAUUCUGGAAAAACUGAACAUUCUUCCAAUGUACCUUUGACAUCAUAUGCACCCACAGCGUAUGCAUACCCAUAUAGCGCUUUAAAUAUAUCAGGAGGUAACACUUUAUUAUCACCCAAACAAGAUGCAGUGCAAGAGCAGGAUGCACUUCAAUCAAAAAAUCUCACAAGUGGUCCGUUAACUUCUCACACUUCGCAAGUAACAGAACCCAAGCCACUUUUAUCAGCACAAUACGAAGCUUUGAGCGAUGAAGAUUAAAUAUAAUCUAUUAAAUAACAGCUACUUGAUUAUUUGUAACUUAAACGAAACAAGAUUGUCCAAUUAUUUAUUAAUGAGUAAUAUUAAGGAUCAAAUUGAGUUCUUAAUCUUGUUUAUUAUUUGUAAAUAAAGAAUAUGUAACAAUUUAAAUAGUAUUCAAUCUUUAUAUAUAUAUAUAUAUAUAUAACAUUAAAUCGUACUAUGUGCAACAAAAUAUUAACGAAAAACUAUAAUUUGAUUUUUUGUUUCUGUUUUUUAGCGAACAUAAUUACACACUGAAAAUCGGUAUUCUUUCAAAUUUAAAAAUUUUGUUCGUAAAUCUUGUUUAAAUGGAUCUACAGUUUCCAAACAUUGAACGAAUAUAAAAUAAAUUCACGCUUAAGUCUCGAAUAACCAUUAUUUAUAUUAAAAACACAUUCUUCAAUAAAAAAAUAAGUUUAAUAAAAUGCUAUUGAAUCUUUGACAACUACCUACCCAGACAGAAGUUAAACAGAUUUAGUAUGGUAUGGUUCCAUUAUGGAUCCCAAUGACGUGGAUCAAAAAAAACUGUACAUCAUUCAUGAUUUUUUAAAAAUGAAUCGAUGGUCAUACAAAAAACAAAUUAUGUUCAUUUACAAAUAUUUUUAUUUUUCUUGUAUUUAAUUCAUAAAGUAAAAUGCAAUAUGUUAUAAAUUUAUGGAUUGUUUAGAAGGUAUAUUUACUUCAUUUAUAGAAUGUGUGUACAUUAAGUUAAUAAGUUAAAAUUAAUUUCUUAAUGUAUAUAAAAUGUAUAUAAAAAGAUUAAUAUAAAAAUAUA